GGUGUGUUUUAGUGAUGGUCAACCCGGAUCUUUUUAAGGAUUCGGGUUAUUCUGAGUCACUCACUAAUAUGAUCCGGGUUGUGCGAGUCACUCGAGUCACUUGAGUCACUUCCAAUUCCAAUCGCUAAAUCAUACUAAUGCCAACCAAGCAACUCAGAUCACGCAUGCAGCUACGAGUCUACGACUCCUCUGCUCGCAAAAAACGGCUGGGGAACUCGUAAAAAACAUGCAUGUCCGUGGUAACAUUAUCAAUAACAUAAUUGUAAAAGUUCGGUGUGUUUAGUUUCAUUUCAUAGUGACAAAUAUAUCAACACCACGUUUAGAAGAUGUCAGGCUUUUUUGACUUGGAUGUGAGAGGAACGUGUCCUGUUUCAGAUUGACUUAAAAGAUCCACGACAGGUUUCGGUUAAUGCAGCCACACAGUCACUCAUCCACGCAAGAACAUGAUCUUGUGAUUGAGUCCCAGACAGAGACGCCCGCUCCUGCACGGGUCCUGUGAGUGAACCACUCGCGUCACUCCGAGUGACUCAGUCAACAAGAGGAGCUGUGUAUGUCCGUCGGUGGCGGAUCUUUCCAGCAGCACUGCUGCAGCAGUCCUCGGAUUUAAAAUGUUUAAACAUUUGCAGCUUCUACCCAAAACAUUGUGCCAGUCAAAUAUUGCAACAGAUUAGCCUACAUGAGUCAGUGGGUUAAUAACACGAGCAAGGCUCAUUUUUCCUAGUCCAGGAUUCAAGCUCCAUGAGUUGAGUCACUCUCUGUGUGAAUCCCCGAGCCGCCGACCAACUCAUUGUCGCGCGCACGCAUCCCUUUGUACUCGGACUCGGAGCUGCAGGAAAUUACGAUCCGGAAUAGCAGCUUUUUGCUCACUCGGUACCCCCAGUUGACAUUUGGAGAUGUAAAUUAACUUGUUGUUGCAAUUUAUAGAACCUAUGGCAGCUUAUGUAGAGUUAUUUGUUGUUAUUCUGUUGUAAACAUUUGAAGAGCUUUGUGUUUUAUACAAUUUCUCAUUCUUAAUGCAAAAUCUGAGAGGACUCAACUGACUCGGGUUAAUGGUCACUAGGACUCAUGGUUCUCGAGCCAUUUUAGGGAUCGGGUUAAAUGAUCCGAGUUUCGAGUGACUCGCUCAUCACUAGUGUGUUUACGAACCCCACAGGCGCAGUGGUUAUUCACUCUGCAUAAAAUAUCAUUAAUGAAAACUCGUUACUUGUAGUUUUUUCUGGUUGACGUUUAUGUUGCUAAAAUUAAGCGAUGUCUGAUACGUGGAGUCACAUCCAGGCGCACAAAAAGCAGCUGGACUCUUUGCGAGAGAGGCUGCAGAGGAGAAGAAAAGACACCAAUCAACUGGGCAUUGAAGUUGGAGGUGCUGAGGGAGCGUCCACAAGGAGUGAUAGCCCCGGACCAGCCGUCCAAAGUCAACCACAGGUGGAAGUUGAACAGCCUCCAGAUCCAGAACUGGAGAGAAGGCUGCUGGGAUACCUGUCCGAAUUGAGCCUUUCUCUGCCCAUUGAUUCCCUAGCAAUUACUAACCAGCUAAACACUUCCGAUUCUCCAGUUUCCCACCCCAGCAUCCAGAGUCUCCUACUCAAGUUUUCUGCUCAAGAGCUCAUUGAAGUUCGCCAGCCAUCCAUCACUGCUCCCUCAUCCUCAUCCUUCACCCUCGUAACUUCUGUCGAUCACACCAAACUAUGGGCUAUGAUUGGAAGUACAGCACAGCCACAGAGAACCGGCAUCAAAAGAAAAGGAGAUGACAUCAUUCAUCAAAAAAGACCCCGGGGUUCGUCUCCUUUGCUCCAAGCCCCGUCUUCCCCACCCAAGAAAUCUUCUAUCUCGCUGGCUCCAGCUUCAAACUCGCAGCAUACUGCGUCAUCUGGAGGAGGAGGGGGCGGGUCUGAGAAAAAGGGGCGGAACAGUAAGGGACAAGCAUCUCACCUGGACAUGGAGAUUGAGAGUCUGCUGAGUCAGCAGUCCACUAAGGAACAGCAGAGUAAAAAGGUGAGCCAAGAGAUCUUGGAGCUUUUGAACACGAGUUCAGCAAAGGAGCAGUCCAUCGUGGAGAAGUUUCGCUCACGAGGCAGAGCUCAAGUGCAGGAGUUUUGUGAUUAUGGGACUAAAGAAGAGUGUGUGCAGUCGGGGGACACGCCUCAACCCUGCACAAAGCUGCACUUCAGGCGAAUAAUCAACAAACACACAGACGAAAGUCUUGGUGACUGCUCCUUUCUCAACACUUGUUUCCACAUGGACACUUGUAAAUAUGUGCAUUAUGAGAUUGACAGCCCUCCGGAGGCAGAGGGUGACAUACUGGGGCCACAGGCCGGGGGCACUGAGCUUGGGCUUCACUCCACUGAUGGAGACAGCAAUGUGGGCAAGCUGUUUCCUUCACAGUGGAUUUGCUGUGACAUCCGUUAUCUGGAUGUGUCCAUCUUGGGGAAGUUUGCGGUGGUGAUGGCCGACCCACCGUGGGACAUCCACAUGGAGCUUCCAUAUGGAACGCUCACAGAUGACGAGAUGAGGAAACUCAACAUUCCUAUUCUGCAGGAUGACGGUUUCCUCUUCCUCUGGGUGACAGGAAGAGCUAUGGAACUGGGCAGAGAGUGUCUAAGCUUAUGGGGCUAUGAACGAGUAGAUGAGAUCAUCUGGGUGAAGACCAACCAGCUUCAGAGAAUCAUUCGCACUGGAAGGACAGGCCACUGGCUGAAUCAUGGCAAAGAGCAUUGCUUGGUGGGAGUAAAGGGAAACCCUCAAGGGUUUAACAGAGGCCUUGAUUGUGAUGUCAUAGUGGCAGAGGUCCGCUCCACUAGUCAUAAACCAGAUGAAAUCUAUGGAAUGAUUGAACGUUUGUCACCGGGCACACGAAAGAUUGAGUUGUUUGGCAGACCACACAAUGUGCAGCCUAAUUGGGUAACUCUUGGUAAUCAGCUGGACGGUAUUCACCUUCUGGACCCUGAAGUAGUUGCACGUUUUAAGAAGCGCUACCCCGAUGGAGUCAUCUCCAAACCUAAAAACAUGUGAUGACUGAACUGAUAUGAAGAUGUACAGCUUAUUAGUUAGGGAUGUGCCAUGGGUCUCAAGAUUCUCAAUAUGAGAUAUGUUUUCAAAUGAUACUGUACCACACUUUUGUACCACUUUACUUUUUUUAAUAAAACAAUGACCCAUGUUUUAA